AAAUUCUCAUUAGCCGAUGAGCUAGCCAAUGAGCGUCUGACAGACAUCGAUUUUUCAGUUUUGGUCUCACUACCGAAUGGCAUUGAUAUUAAUGAAUGGUUGGCCUCACACACUGUGUCAUUUUUUGAGCACGUCAAUCAGCUGUUCAGCUGUUUGGCCGAAUCCUGCAGGGCUAGCUGUGCUCAGAACAGCUCAAUUUCUUAUCAAUGGGUGGAUGAAAAAGGUAAAAAAACGAAGUACAAUGCGCCACAGUUUGUCGACCUUCUACUCAGUUCCAUACAGAAAUAUGUUGAAGAUGAAACCAUUUUUCCAACAAAAUACGGAAAUAAAUUUCCCCAAACGUUUGAGGCGAUCAUCCGCAAGGUACACUGCAGACUACAGCAGAUCAUCAAUCACAUCUACCAGUACCACAUGAAGUCCGUGAUGCAGUUGCAGUUAACUGCCUGCUUAAACACAACCCUCCUACACUUCCGCCAAUUCAACGACAACUUCCAUCUUCUGACGUCAUCAUCUACGUCG